AUGUACGACGGGAUUGACAACCUGAAAUCCCUUUGCGACCGUGCCGGGAAGACUUUCUCCGGCGGUCCUUCUGCGGCACAGGAUGUGCCGCGUCGUACUGCUCAACCAGACCCAGUACGUCGAUCAUCAGUUGGGAGCGGGGCUCCCAAGAAUCCCAGGACGGGGGAUAGCCGCGCCACCGGACGAGAUAACUCGUCCGACGUCCGUUCACGUCGCGGCGGUUCAACAGCUGCUCAACUAGAUAGCGCUGGCCACCGCGAGAGUCCUCUAAUGGAGGUGGAGGAGGAGGAAAGACGCUCUCCACACGAUCAUGUGGAUCGGUGUGUUCCCGAGAGCUUCUUUGAUCGCGUAACGCAAGGGUUACGCGACGAUCUCGAGCAUGAGCGGAAUAGGCGUCUCCAAAUGGCGGACACUGCCUCGAAGCAUCGAGCUGAGUUUGCCUUUGCUCAGCUCGAGAACGAGAGAUCUCUGACAUCUCUUCGUGACGAGCUAAGGUUAGCUCGUGGGAUUGUUGAUCGGUCUCGGGCUGAGAUAACUGCUCUUCAGACCCUUGUUGAUGCCCACCAUCGGGAGCACAAGGCUCUCUGCGAGAUGCUUGAGCGCAAGGGCGUUCUUCAUCGGAAGAAGCAGCGUACUGAUGGUACGGCUUAA